AUGAACGACAUCAACGAUUCCGGUGAAUUAUUCACCAUUCGUAACCAGUUCUACACUGGCCAGCACCAAAAGGUCACUGCCUACAAUUUGGACCAGUUUUCUGCCGAGGCUCAACCCAAAGUUAUGGAAUUUCAAAUCAGAUCUCAUGUAGCAUUAUCUGAGGAUGCCUCGCAAUUGAUUGAUGAGGGCCGUUCCUUGUUUGCUGACCAGGGCGACCACUUUGAUCUCUUACAAGCCUGGAAUGAUUUGAACGCGUUUGGUACCGAGGACUCCACUUACUUCGAUGCUAUCGAAGAAGCUGAGUUUGAAACCCAGGCUUGUUUGACUGCUCUCUACUUCAUCAGAGUCCACAAAGGCUAUGAACAAGCCAUUGAGGUUUUGUCCAAAUACAUCAACAGCGUAUACAUAAAUGUCCACGAGUUGGAACCUUACUUGCUUUUGGUGCAGCUCAACUUGAUCAAUGGUAAGUACGCUGAGGCAAACAGAGUGUUCCAGAAAUUCCACGAAUUACCAUAUUCUGCUAGAGAUGACAUUGUUUACCAUGUGACUGAGAGCUGGAUUAUGGCAAUCAAGGGUGGAUUCGACAAUGUCAACAACUCGUCUUGUUUCUACGACGAGAUUAUGGCGAACGACUUCGAGGAGGAUGCUCAAGGCAAAUAUCAUAUCUUGAGUGUGUUGUUCGCUUUAACUGUUCAGUUGAAACGCUUCCCAGAAGCUCAGGACUUCUUGGAGCAAAUCGAUGCUCUCAACUUCAAAGGUGAUGUUUCUGGUGACUUGCUUGCAAACAAAAUCACUUUCGAAUACCUCACAAAGGGUGGUGAAAACGUGCUUCCGUUAUUGAAGCAAUUGGCUCAACUUAACCCAGAGCACGAGCUUUUGGCGGAUUAUAAAGAAAAGAACGAAAAGUUCGAUGCCAUCGUGGAGAAAUAUCAGCCAGCAUUGUAA